ACUGACAAUUGAACGGGCAGAAGGGGACAACGAUCCCUCUGAGCAGCAGUUAAAUAAGGAUCACCAGUUAUUGUUAAAAGAAACGGGAAGCGUAGCACAAUAAUGCAGCCCGUGAGACGAGCUGCACUAAAUGGAAGUUUGAAUCAUUUAGCUCUUCUUUUGGGUGACGUAACUAUUUCAAGUGUAAAUAAAACAUGUGGUGUCUGAAUUAUGCUUUUUCGUUUUCUUUGAAAAAAAUCUCUGUUGAAAUAUUGUCUAAUUAUUGAAGGAAGGAAGAAUAACUCAUUCCAAACCUUUCACUGUGUGUGUGUGUGUGUGUGUGUGUGUGUGUUCAGGUCGGGUCCUCUGUUUAACACGGGCUUCCUGAGGAGGAUGCUGUCGGCGGCAGUGCAGCACAACAUGGACGACAUCCAAACGCUCAUCAAAAAUCUCAUCUGCGAGUCCGACUGCACCACCCUCAAGGCGUUGGUCCACGGGCCGGCCGCCCUCGCCAACCAGGUGGAGUGCGGCGUCGUCAUCAAGACCGAGUCGGGUCCUGCCGAGCCGUCUGGUAAGAGGAAGUCGGGACAAGAGUCGGGGAGUGUACUGAAGAAGAUGAAGUCCGACGUGUUCCUGGAUCACCCGCCCUUCUACUACAGCAUCCACCGCCACAGCAUCAGAGGCAUGAACAUGCCCAAGUUGAAUAAGUUCCUUCAGUACCUGACGGAGGCCGGCUUCAGGGUGAGCCGGACUCACUUUGACCCGACGGGGGUUCGAACCGACGCCACGCUGGAGCAGUUCAAGACUGUCCUCACCAAGUACAGCAUCCCCACGUACACCACCGCCACGCAGACGAGCGUGAGCACGGGGAACGCGGUGUGAGGGGAAUGAGCAGGAAGGAGGAGGAUUCACCCGCAACUUUACAGGCUUUGAUGAACAAAAUGGAUCUGCUGGUCUCGUUUCGGCUCCACAAAGUUCUGACUGCACUGAUAUCGAAAACAAAGCCAGCAACAGCUCUCGAUGUGGACGUGCAUAUACUAGAACAAUAUAGUAAUCGGAUGUAAUCAAACCCAAACGUUGUUAAAACUGCAAACCAGCCUGAUCCUGCUGCACAGAUGUGCCCAACUGAUCCACUGUUUCUAUUUAUUUGAGACUUCUCUUCGAAAAUUCUUGAGGUACAGGGUUGUGUUUUUCUUUUUAAAGAUGGUUUUGAUCCUCUUUUUUUGUUGCUUUUUUGGCUUUCCUGUCUUUCUAAGGGCAAAAUAAAGUUCAUCUACCAAGCCUGAA